AUGGACGAAAGCCACCCCAUUUCCACCACCAACAAUGGUGGUUCAUCGAUGGAUACCGCAACGAUCCAACCUUCCGAUAUUCCCACGCUUGUGGAGGCCAUGAUGGAGACGGUCUUUAAGAUGAUCCAUCAUGGCGUAUCUCAUCGUGGUGGUGGUGGGCAUAAGCCGCCAAAAUCCAGGCAUGAGAACUUGAACAAGGCGAUAGAAAACAUCACCCCCGUCGCGCUUGACAUCGUCCUUGAGAGCAUUUCCGAGGAACAGGGUUCUCCGUAUAACCCGACUGUGAAAAUGAAGGAGGCUCUCAAGGCCUACAUUGCGUUGUGGCUCAGAAACAAGAUGACGCUGCAAUAG